GCUUCUGCUUCAGGCCCCCCUUCUAUCCCCAGCUUACCGCCAUGGGCCCCUCGGUACACCCGAACGGAUGGGACGUUCGUGAAACCGAACGAGACCAUGCUGAAGGAUGGCCAGACCGCUAUGGCCUACUACAGGAGCAUGUGGACUCCGAAGGACCUUGAGGCGGCAAAGGGCCUUUCCCAGAAGGACGUGUUCAGUCGCUUUCCCCAAUCUGCUAUGGAGACAUUGUUCGGGAUGAUGGCCAUGCAGAAGCAGGUGGAGAUGGGGAACGCCAGGGCCCGAAAGUAUUCUGACAGCCUGGAGGUGGCUAAUAAAGAAAACGACCUCCUUGCCAUGAAGAAUACCGAGGUGCUGGUUCGGCUUGACAAAGCCGAGCAAGAGAGAGAUGUCCUGAAGAAGGAGAAUGAUUCCCUUCAGGAUGAGAAGGACGCCCUCCAGCUUGAGAAGAGCGUCUGGCAGACUGAGCGGGAAUCAAUUAGGGAAGAGAAGUUGGAGGAGAUUCAAAAAAGAAAACUGUACAGAGAAGGCCAAGCCCAUGGGCUAAAGACCCUGAGGCCUCCAACAGAUAAAAACGAAAGAUGCAAAACAGAGGCCACGGAAAACAACAGAAUGGGUGUUAGUCAAGGGAGUUUAUUACAAAAUAGUUGA